AUGGCCCAAAAUCCAAGACCCACAACCAUUCUUGAAUCUCUAGGCGAAGAACUUAUCAGAAUCAUCACACCAGUAUCAAUCUGUAUGUUGUUAGUGGUCAUUUUGGUAACAAUCUUAAACGCGGACUCAUCUUCAUCAGAAGCAGUGACCUCCAUAGCCACCAUUGCUUACACUGAGGCCACCUCAGACUCUUCGUGGGACAAAUUCGUAGGUGCCGUUUUGAACUCCCUUGUGUUUGUUGCUGUUGUCACUGUUGUCACGUUCGUUUUGGUCCUUCUUUUCUAUCUCAGAUGCACUGAGUUCUUGAAAAUCUACAUGGGUUUCUCUUCUUUUGUUGUGUUGGGGUUUAUGGGCGGUGAAAUUGCCUUGUUUCUGAUUCAAGACUUCAAUGUGCCCAUUGAUUCUAUCACAUUUCUUCUGGUUUUGUUCAAUUUUACUGUUGUUGGUGUCUUGGCUGUGUUCAUGUCAAAAAUGGCAAUUCUUGUCACACAAGCAUAUUUGGUUGUUAUUGGAAUGCUGGUUGCUUAUUGGUUUACAUUAUUGCCUGAAUGGACUACUUGGGUGCUAUUGGUUGCCAUGGCCUUGUAUGAUCUCGCUGCGGUUUUGUUGCCUGUUGGGCCAUUAAGGCUCUUGGUAGAGCUUGCAAUAUCUAGGGAUGAAGAGAUUCCUGCUUUGGUUUAUGAGGCUAGGCCAGUAACUUCUCAUGAUUCCAGUGGUGGUGUGCGUCAGAGGAGAGUUUGGAGGGAUAGGAGAAAUGAGGAUUCGAAUAAUGGGCCUCAUUCCAAUGAGAAUAUCAAUUCUGUUUUGGCGGAGAAUGGAAAUUUUAGGUCAAACUCUAAUGUGAAUGCCAAUGACACUUCACGUUCAAAUUCAAAUCCUGGUGAGUUUGGCAGUGGCCAUAAUGAUUCGAGUUUGGUUAGAGCUGAAGAGGGGCGAAUUCCGGAUAGGGAUCAAGAGCUUUCUGCGCCAUUACUAGAACGGAUAACAAAUGUUGAGCAGCGUGGGCGGGAAGAUGCUGUGGCAAGUGAAAGUUUGGUGCUGGAGGGUAUUGGAUUGGGGUCCUCUGGUUCAAUCAAGCUGGGAUUGGGAGACUUCAUCUUCUACAGCGUUUUGGUUGGGAGGGCAGCAAUGUGGUCUGGGAAUUACUUUGAUGCUGCUGGCUUUGUAUCAAAAAGCUUUGCCAGCUCUUCCUGUGUCAAUAAUGCUCGGCGUCGUGUUUUAUAUAUUGACCCGGCUCUUGCUUGA